GAGCCUGCGCUCUUUGGAACGAGCAUUCUGGAGAACAUCCGCUUUGGAAAGCCCGACGCAUCCGACGCCGAGGUCUACGCCGCGGCCCAGCUGGCCAAUGCCGACAGCUUCAUCCGCAGCUUCCCCCAGGGCUACGGCACCAUCGUGGGCGAGCGCGGCGUGAUGCUGUCGGGGGGCCAGAAGCAGCGCGUGGCCAUCGCCCGGGCCCUCCUCAAGAACCCGUCGGUGCUGAUCCUGGAUGAGGCCACGAGCGCGCUGGACACGGAGUCGGAGCAGCUGGUUCAGGAAGCGCUGGAGCGGGCCAUGGCUGGCCGCACCGUGCUGGUCAUUGCCCACCGCCUCAGCACCAUCCAGUGCGCCGACCUCAUCGUGGUGCUGGCCCGGGGCUGUGUGGCCGAGGCCGGGACCCACGCGGAGCUGCUGCGCCGGGGCGGGCUGUACGCUGAGCUCGUCCGCAGACAGGCAACGGAGCAGCCCUGAGUGGGGACGAGCCCGGCAUGGCCGUGGCGGCUGCAGGGACUGAACCUGGUGCCCACGCGGCUCCCGCCUGAGCUGUGCCGAGCCCAGCGCUGACACUGGAUCUGUGCACCUACCUCUGGGGCUGGGGCCCUGCCUGGCCACGGGCCCCCCUCCUCUGCCCCCAGGUGGGGCUCCCGGCCUCCCUCUCUGGUCUGUCCCCAGGCUGGGCCUGGGCCUUGGCUCCGCCCCCCGACGCCGGGCAGGACCUGGCCCAUGGCCGCAGGAAGGUGGUGAGUGGCCAGGUUCAUGUUGUGCCCUGUCCACCAAUAAAAGCCAAGUGCAGCUACA